CAACACGAUUACCAGCUAGUGAGAGUGGAGGAGAAUGGGAAAAGCAUGGAGCACGUGACUGAUCGUCUUUUUCCCGUUGAACCUAAUAGGCAUCAUUCCUGUGCUGUUCCUUCCUGUACAUCUGUUACUGAUCAUGUUUGUGUUUCACAGAAUUAUUAUUUCCUUGGUUAUGUGGCUUUAAUAGUUGUAAUCUUAGUUUCAAAUGAUGAUAAAAAAACCAGCUAGUACAAGUAAUUCAUAUUCACAGAUACACAAAGCAAGUUAUAUGUUUAGGAGAGGUGACAUUUGGUAACAUUAUGCUAAACAGAGGUACUUAUCUGCUGGGAAUAUCAUAUCACCUUCUCAUUUUAACCUCUACCUCUCAGAAUGAAUCUCUAGACUGUGCAUAACACAUUGCAUCAGCUAACAGCAACUUGUCUCUAUGAAUAAAUAAAUAAUAAAACAGUAGGAAAGUCCCCCAUGCAUCACAAUCAUGCCAGUUAAGUCACUCCCCUCACUGCUAUUCCAGAUCACAGUCUUACAUUAGUGCAGCAGCAGCAAGCAGAGAUGUCUCCCUCUCCCAGCAUGGUCUGUCCCUGCAUUAUCCUUGUGUCACUGCUGACCUGCUGCCCACCAGUUGCAGGUAACAAAGUGACCACAUACAACAUAACGGCCCAGAUAGGCUCCUCGGUGCUCCUUCCCGGACCAGACAUAGAAAUCAACGAGAACAUGUACCUUGAACUUAAGAAGCCCGGUGGUCAUCCUGAUUGGCUGGCGUUUUUCCAUGGUUUACCUACAGUACAUGAUAAUUACACCACCCGUGGUGAAUAUUUACAGAACGGUAGCUUCAUUCUGAGGAACCUGACAAAGGAAGACAGUGGGGAGUAUUUACAAGAAGUCAACACUAAAUUAUUGGCCAGGAUCAACCUCAUAGCCCUGGCUCCAGUAAAACAGCCGGAACUACAUAAGCAAGACUUGCACAAUAAGCAAUGUGAGGUCGUCUUAAAUUGCACUGGAUCAGGAGAAGGACGGCUAAAUACAACUUUACUGCAUGGAGAAAAAGUAAUCACCACACAGAAUGGGAAUGCCCUGGUGGUAUCUGUUAGUAGCAGACUCACUGAAUCCCAGGGCAGUUAUAUGUGUACACUUGCCAACCCUGUGAGUGAAAAGACGUCCCCUUUUGUUGAGAUACAAUACCCAGUAUCCAUAUGGGUGUUAGUUGUCUUACAUUGGAGCUGCUUUGUACUGGUACACGCGUGUUUAAGUCUGCUGUUCAUUUUCAUUUUACCACAAUUAGUAAACUCUGCUUCUCACAACUCAAAAUGA